UUAAAGCUAAGAUAUGAUGUUUUAAAAGUAUAACAAUAAAGUGAUCCAUCUCUAUAUCCUUUUUUCUAGGUUUUGGAAAAUGGGAUUAUUUUCUUGGAGGGGUUUGGUCUUGGCGGUGGUUGUUGUGGCGGCGACGGUGGAGAGAACGGAGGAGCAAUUAGUAGAAAAUUUCUAUGGUUCAAGUUGCCCAAACCUAGAGCAAAUAGUUACACAAUCUGUUCAAACCAAGUUUGCUCAAACCUUUGUUACCAUUCCUGCAACUUUGCGACUCUUCUUCCAUGAUUGCUUCGUCGAGGGAUGUGAUGCUUCAGUAUUGAUAGCAUCCCCAAAUGGAGAUGCAGAGAAAGAUGCGAAAGACAAUCUUUCAUUAGCAGGAGAUGGGUUUGACACUGUUGUUAAAGCAAAACAAGCUGUUGAAAAUGUUUGUCCUGGUGUUGUCUCGUGUGCUGACAUCUUGGCUCUUGCAACUAGAGAUGUUGUCAACUUGGCCGGAGGUCCACAAUAUAGCGUGGAACUCGGACGUCGAGAUGGGCUAAUUUCCCAAGCAUCUCGAGUAGCCGGAAACCUACCAGAACCAUUCUUCGAUUUAAACCAACUGACCACUAUGUUCGCUGCUCACAACCUAACCCUGAUCGACAUGAUUGCCCUUUCUGGAGCACACACCCUGGGCUUCUCCCAUUGCGACCGUUUCGCCAACCGCCUCUACUCGUUUUCGCCUUCGUCUCCGGUGGACCCAUCAUUGGACCCCGGCUACGCUCAACAGCUAAUGGAUGCUUGUCCGCAGAACGUGGAUCCCAGUGUGGCCAUCAACAUGGACCCUAUAACCCCUCAGACCUUUGAUAAUGUUUACUACCAAAACCUUGUUGCCGGCAAGGGCCUUUUCACUGCCGAUCAGAUUUUGUUUACCGAGUCGGAAUCGCAGCCGACGGUUCGUAGCUUUGCGACAAAUGGGGCGGAGUUUAAUGCGGCGUUUAUCACGGCCAUGACGAAGCUCGGUCGGGUAGGGGUUAAAACUGGUAACGAUGGUGAAAUUCGAAGGGAUUGCACUGCCUUUAAUUCCUAACUAAUGCAUGUUAUUAACUCCAAAGAAUAAGUUAUUGUGGCCUAUAAUUUUAUCUUCCUCUAGUCUUUUGUAUGGAAUUUGUUCGAACCAAAAAUAAACAACGUAUAGUGAAAUAUAAAUAACUUAGUUUAUGUAGGUUUAUUUUAUUUUAGUUUAGCUUAGCCAUAUGAAGCUUGAACUUUUGAUUAAUAAUGUUUCUUUAAGAAGUUAUAAAAGACGUUUGGAUUGAG